GCCGAGCAGGCAGCGGGGAGAACGCGAGUUGUUUCCGGGGAGAAGAAGAAGAAGAAGAAGAAGAAAGAGAGAUGUCCGAGGCUAACGCUAGCUAGGUUAGCUGCUCUUAAAGCUCCUCUCUUCAUCUCCUGUUGUCUUGUUUCUCUCCUCCAGCGAGGCACAGACACAGAUAAACAUCUAUCCUCCGACAGCAGGAGGACGUAACGAGCACAGUGUGUUAUUAGACUGGCUUGUUGAGUAGUUUAGGAGAGGCCGUGUGUGUGUGUGUCCGUCAGGUAAACAUCAGUGAGGAUUGUGGGAACCAGUCGUCAUGGCGGCUCCGGUGAACACCCUGACUCCGAGUAAGACCUGGGAGCUGAGUCUGUAUGAGCUUCACAGGAGCCCUCAGGAGGCGAUCAUGGAUGGGACGGAGGUGGCGGUGUCUCCUCGCUCUCUGCACAGCGAGCUGAUGUGUCCCAUCUGUCUUGACAUGCUGAAGAACACCAUGACGACCAAAGAGUGUCUGCACCGCUUCUGCUCCGACUGCAUCGUCACCGCGCUGCGAUCAGGGAAUAAAGAGUGUCCGACCUGCAGGAAGAAGCUGGUCUCCAGGCGUUCGCUGCGCCGAGACUCAAACUUCGACGCACUGAUCUCGAAGAUCUACCCGAGCCGGGACGAGUACGAGGCCCACCAGCGCCGCGUCCUGGAGCGACUCAACAGGCUGCACAACAAGGAGGCGCUGAGCUCCAGCAUCGAGGAGGGGCUCCGACAGCAGGCCCGCUACAGGAACCACCGGGUGAAGAAGCCGACUCAGGAGAGCGACAACACCACCUUCAGCGGUGGGGAAGACAACGGCGACGCCCGCUCACACUUGUCUCAUGACUCGGCCCCCUCACACGCCCCUCUACCCGCCGGUCAGACCCCCUCGGAGGCCGGGCCAAGCCGCAAGCGGCCGCGAGCGUCAGACGACGGCUCGGGGCCCGAGGCAGACAGCGGCAGCCCCACCCCUCCGCUGAGGCGCCACAAAGAGGGGCCGGCCUCGGAGAUUGAGCUGGUUUUCAGACCACACCCGGAGCUGGUCCAAGCCGAGGACUACAACCAGACCAGAUAUGUGAAGACGACAGCCAACGCCACAGUGGACCAUCUGUCUAAAUACCUCGCUCUGCGUAUCGCCCUGGAGGACAGACAGACCAACGGAGAGACGGAGGACAGAGGAAGAGAGGAGGGAAGAGGAGGAGGAGGAGGCGGAGGAGGAGGAGGAGGAGGAGGAGGAGGAGGAGGAGAGGAAAUAGGAGAAAGUGGAGGAACAGCAGGAAGUGGAGAGAGGUCGAGUCUGAGCAAUGUCAGCGAGAAACAGUACACCAUCUACAUCCUGACGAGAGGAGGACAGUUCUCUACGCUGAACGGUUCUCUGACUCUGGAGUUGGUCAACGAGAAAUACUGGAAGGUGAGGAAGCCUCUGGAGCUUUACUACGCUCCCACCAAGGACCAACAACAACCACCACCACCGCAGCAACAGCAGCAACAGCAGCAGCAGCAGCAGCAGAAGUCUCCUCCUCCGCAGAGGGAGGGAUGAGGGAACCACUCGUCUUCUUCUGGAGGUGGAAGUUCAGUCACCGCCAUUUCACAGCUCAUUAUCAGCGCAGCUUUUUAAAAAUAUCUACUUGCAAUUAAGAUUUCAUUUACAGACCUGAGAACUGAAGUAUUUAUCAAGACAAAAAAAACACAAAGUAGUAAAUAACAGCUGGUAAAUCUUUGCUUUUGUGUUCUUUGCUAAUGUGGGAAGAAGUUCUGACAGUUUAUUUUUGGGGAUUAUAAACUCACUGUGGCCGACGGACCUGGAGGUGACAGGCGGAACUGUUUCCUUUUGUUUCCUGUCAGUUUGGAUAUCGUAUAACAACUGCACACGUUUAAAAAGACAAAGCUGUGCAAAGUCGCCAGAGCGGUUUCAGAUCUAAUUCCAAAUAGGAUUAUUUUUCAAAUACUUACUUUUAUAACCUCUCAAAACAACUGAUACAAAAUUAAAUACAAAAAAAUUGACAAUUUUUAUUAAGAUAAUACCUGCGGCAGCUUGUUACAGCCAGGAAAAGUUAGAAAUGUUAAUAGUUAAAAAAUAAAAAUAUUCAUGACUAAAAAUUAUACUAAUACGGACUUUUGACUUUCUAAGUAAAAAUCAUAAGUCUAAAUUUAAUUUUCUUUCUUUCCCUUUUAACAUUUUCUUUGUCAAAAGAUAAUACAAAUUAUUAUGGAGGUUUUUUUUGUAAUUUAUUUUGACAGUAAUUUAAAUUUUGUCUUAAUUUUCUCAAUAUAAACACUUUGUUUUUCUUCUAACAACUGAAAGAAAAUUAAAUACUAAAAUUGGCAAUAAUUUUUAAGGUAAUACCUUUUUACCAUAAAAAGAAACAACCCAUGAAUACUCCAAAUUAUAGUAAAUCUAACUUUUGACUAACUCAAAAUGAUGAGGUUGUAAGUCUAAAUUUAAAGUCACAAUUUUUAGUAUCUACAUUUAUUAACAUUUAGUUUGUCAAAAUAAUAGAAUACUAAGUUAUAAUUUGGAGAUAAGUAAGUUUUUUUUUAUUAUUAUUUUGACGCAGUAAUUAAAAUUUCUUCUAAGUCUUAGUUUUCUCAAUAUAAACACAUUUUUCUGAUAAAAAAUUAAAUACCAAAAUUGGCAUUUUUAUUAUUAAGGUAAUACCUACGGCAGCUUGUUACAGCCAGGAAAAAUUAGAAGUGAUAAAAAAUAAAAAAUACUAUAUAAUAUAUAUAGACUACAAAAUUAAACACUAACUUUUGACUUUCUAAAUCAAAAUCAUAAGUCUUAAUUUAAAUUGUCACAAUUUUCAAAUAUUAUCUACAUUUAUUGACAUUUUCUUUGUCAAAAGAUAACAAAAAUUAUAAGGAAGUUUUUUUUUAUUAUUUUGAAGCAGUAAUUCAAAUUUUGUCUUCUCAUAAUUUUCUCAAUAUAAACACAUUUUUUUCUAACAACUGAUAGAAAAUUAAAUUCUAAGAUUGGUAAUCUUAUUAUGGUAAUAACUGCGGCAGCUCGUUACACCCAGGAAAAGUUACAAAAUGAUUAAAUUGAAUUAAAUUUAAUAACAAAAAUACUCAUGAAUACUCAAAAUUAUACUAAUACUAACUUGUAUUUCUAAGUCAAAAUGAUGACGUAAGUCUAAAUUUAAAUUUGAAGUCACAAUUUUCCAAUAGUCUCUACCUUUAUCGUCAUUUUAUUUGUCAAAAUUAUACAACAUUAAGUUAUAAUUUGGAGAUGAGUAUGGUGUUUUUUAAUUAUUUAUUUUAACGCAGUAAUUCAAAUUGUGCCUUGUCUUCAUUUUCUCAAUAUAAAACAUGUUUUUUUCUCAAAACUGAUAGAAAAUUAAAUACUAAAAUUGGCAAUUAUUAUUAAAUUAAUACCAAUGGCAGCUUGUUACAGCCAGGAAAAGUUAGAAAUGAUCAAAAAUAUUCAAGACUACUCCAAAUUAUACUAAUAACUGACUAAAUGUUUUUUUUUUUACAUUUUCUUUGAAAAAAAGUUAAUAAAAAUUAUGAGGAAGGUUUUUUUUUAAUUAAUUUUGAUGCAGUAAUUCAAAUUUUGUCUUGUCUUAAUUUUCUCAAUAUAAACACAUUUCUUUUUUCUCCAAACAACUGAUAGAAGAUGAAAUACCAAAAUUGGCAAAUGUAUUAUGGUAACACCUGCAGCAGAUUGUUUCAGCCAGGAAAAGAGAAAAGUUAGAAAUGAUAAAAAAUAAAAAAUAUAAAAAAAUACUCAUGAAACGAUAAGUCAAAAUUAUGAUGUUAGUCUAAAUUUAAACUUUAUCACAAUUUUCAAAUAUUAUCUACAUUUAUUGACACUUCAAAAUUAUAGAAUAUUAAUUAAUAAUCUGGAGAUAAGUUAGGCAAUUUUUAUUAUUUAUUUUGACACAGUAAUUAAAAUUGUCCUCUUCAAUAAUUUUUUAAUUCCUAACAUGACAUGUUUUUCUUUCUCCUGGCAGAAAUAAGCAUCCAUAAAUAUCUUACUGAAGAAAAUAUAAACAAGACUAAUAAUCUGAGCAGUUAUUGUGUACAAAAUGACACUUUUAGGUAUCGCCUGUUUCUCUGGUAAGAUCAGAGAAAUAUUAUAACAAUCAAAGUCAGUUUUUGGUUGUAAAAAAAAAAAAGUUUCUUUCAGUAAUUAGAUCAGAACGUAACGUCUGAAUUAAUCUAUUUAUAUAAUUUAAUUUCUAAGAACACGACUGAAGAAUGACUGAAGCUCUUUGCUGCUUUCUCGGUCCACUCCCAGCUGGACGUGUAGAGUUUAACGCUGCCUCUCUCAUACAGUCACAACUAAACUAACACUUUAGUAUAGUUUGAAUUAAAGACACACAGCUGUAACGGACUUAAACUUAAUGUUCAGUCAUUCCUAACUUCUGCAAAUGCAUCCAUGGAUUUUUCUAAUCUGCUUCUCCUGUCAAGGGCUGGAGCCUAUCCCAGCAUGCACUGGGGUAGGACAGGGUGACGACACAUUGUUAGGAGCAAUAUUUGAGUUUCUUUUCUUAAAGCCUCGUUAUGAAAAGGCGGUUUUAUUCCUUUUAAUGUGUAACUUAAGAGCUACGAAGAUGUGUGCAGGUACCUUAAACUCGUCUGCUAUAUUUUACUGAUAUAUUCAUUUUCCACCUUUUAAAGAUGUAGCUGUAACACCCACCAUACCUCCUGUUUCUUUAAACAUAAAGGUUUAGUUAGUUCUCCUAUAAAAUACCAAGUGUUUGGUUGCAUGACAUUUUCACUUCACACUCAUCGCCCUUUAAUAAUAACUGUCCACAGGGUGUUCUCGUCCCUUAAAAAGCCAUAAGUCUGUAAGAUUUAACCUGAGUUUUUCACCGUUUAGACUCUUUCAUUUCCGUCUUUAUGCACUUUAUAUUGCCUGCAGCCAUAUACGUUUUCCUCGCUUACCUCAGUUUUUAUGGAAUAUUUGUAUAUUAAGAAUAUUUCCUUUUCUUCUGUUGUAUAAUACUCUCUAUCCUUCUGUCAGCAAAUGCAGCACAAUAAACUUAAAUUAAAAAAAA